AUGUCCAGAUCUGAAGCCCUGCUGCAGCCGCUUCGCGACAAGUUUCGACACCUGCCUAUGAUACAGCUGAAAGAGAAGACGCUGAAUAUCGGAAGGAGUUGCCAUCUGGGCAAAGAGUACGAGGAGCCCUAUGUGGAAUAUGUGCCAGAAGUGAUUGUGCCUGACGACGACACCCAUCGAAAACUUCAUAGCCUGCUCCGCUACAGCAAGAAUGGUCGGGGACGAUGCUUGAAGGCAAGCUUCCCGCUUCUGGGUCUUCGCAAAGGCAACCGCCUGGAACCGUCUGCAAGCCUCUUGGAUGUAGACAAGUUUAUGCAGCUCACCACGCCCUUCAGUUGCACCUUCUACACCGGCGGGCCGCACGGUCGCAUCCUGCACCAGUCGCCUUUUUUGAAGAUACCUGGGGUCACCCUCGACUGCUGGUGCAUAGAUGUGCUCCAUACGUGGCACUUCGGGCCUUUAUCCUCGUACAUUGCACACUCCCUGCGACUGCUGAUUUCGUCGUCAGUGUAUCGGCCGGCCGACCAAGACCUGGACAAAGAGGAGGCCGACAAGCUCGCCUUGCUUCAUAUUCGUGCUGAACUUUGGUCGUUCUACAAGAGACGUCGUGAAGCAGACGAAGACGGAACUUGGCGGAAAAAAGGUACAGAGGUGUGGAACUUGACCUUGAACAUGCUUGCUGGAAAGUAUCUCAAGGCGAAAGCUGCCGAGACGCAUGGGCUGCUCAACUUCGUCGUCGACAGACUUGGAAAGCAUUCGGAAAUUUUGGCUUCGGCUUCUCAAGCCGCUUCUUUCGAUCUGCUGCUGAGAGCGGGCAUGGCAGCGAUGGACUUCGACGCAGUGCUGGCGGCUCACCCGAGGGCGAUUGAUUCUGAGGCUUGUGGACUGCUGUUCGACAAGUACAACAGAUUCAUCUGUCUGAGUGCCAGAGCCGAGGUGCCUCUCAUGCCCAAGUGUCAUAUGAUGUAUCAUAUGAUACAGAGGGCGGUCCACAAGGGCAAUCCUCGUAUGUAUUCCACGUACAUCGAUGAGUCCUUGAACGGAGACAUCGCCCGUGUGUGCCGGUCUGUCCACAGACGAGGAUGGGCACUUGCUGUGUAUCGGAAGCUUUCUAUGCUGGAGCAGCUCGCUGCUGAGGAUUGA